GUAUUCUAUGAGCUGUUUGCAGCCUCGAGAGCCAUGCAGAAAGCGGGGCUGUGCUGAAGUGGCUCAUUGUGAGCUCCGCAGCAGUGUAGCUUUAAGAUGGAGGUGGGCAGCGCUUCAUGACGCAGGAAUAUUCCUGAAAGGAUGCUUCAAAACUCCAGACUGGAGCCAGGCAGCGCGUGUGUCUGAACUGGAGCUGAACGGAUCUACGAAACUGCCCGGACUAAGCACUGGGGCAAAUUUUGAUUCUGUAGAACAAAACCCAGAUCUGAGAAGCGUUCUGGUUUUACCUGCUCACUGGAAAUAUUUAACCAGGGCUGUCUGUAGCUCAGUGCGCUGCUUAGGGGGAGCCAACUUGGAGAGAGAAGCGUUUAGAGAACACCUCUGAAGCGUUGAUUGGUUUUUGUCUGAGGCUAAACUUUCAAAGCGGCGCCAUGGCACCGUUCAUUGAACCUUUUCUGUUCUUUUUGGUCAUCUUCAACCCAUUUAUCACCAACUCUUUCACUGAGGAAAUUGAGGUUUUGGUGUUUUUGCCACAAAAUGACUCUUUCCUGUUUUCACAUGCAAGAGUCGCACCAGCGAUCCGUUACGCACAGGACAGACUGAAGGCAGAAUAUCCAGAUUUCCACUUCAACAUUCACUUUGAGAACUCCGACUUGGCCAACCACGCUUUGUUCACGCUGGCGGACAGGUCGUGUAACCUGAAGCCAGACUUGAUCCUCGGUCCAGUACGUGAGUACGAGGCGGCAGGUGUGGUGAGGCUGGCAUCCCACUGGAAAAUCCCGGUGAUAUCUGCAGGUGCUCUGGCCACCGCCUUCAAGAACAAGGAGACGGAGUACUCUCACCUGACUCGGAUCGCCCCGUCCUACGUUAAAAUGGCAGAGACAUUCAAAGCGAUGUUCGAGCACUUCACAUGGAAGAGCGCACUGCUGCUGAUCGAAGACGACAUGAAGGAGCGGGACUGUUACUUCACUUUGGAGGGAGUCUACCAUUUAAUGGAUGACUAUAAUGUGGAAGUUGAAAUAAUCCAUGAACAGGCCCCUUUCAAUAUUGAAGAAACAUUCAAGAAUAAUCAGGACAUGGAAGGUAAAGCGGUUUUAUUGCUUUAUACAAACUGUUUAGAAAAGUGUUUAAAAUAAUCUCACCAAUUACUUUAAAAAUGACAACACUGAAAUGACGAUUUACUAUUUUAUUUGCAAAUAUAUAACUCAUAUAGAAAUAUUGACACCAAGUUUUAUAU